GAAAAAUCCAUCCUGAAGUCCUCACACCCCGACAAAAAGGGGACAGGACAGACUGGACUAGGCAAUGAGGAGUGCUGGACACAGGAGCAUUUCAUUUCCGCGAGACUGAGAGGAUCUGACCAGGCUGCUGUUGCAGUGCAGUGAAAAGCCCGCUGAGGAGCCGGAGAGGAGACCGAGAGGAGACCGAGAGCCUGAUUGAUGUCGCAGCGCAUUUGAUCAAAUAAACAGAAAAGAAAAGGCAUCAGUGAGAUCCACAGUGACAGACGGACAGAACCGGGGGGACCAUUUCUGACACUGCAGCGAUGUCUGAGGCGUUAUCACAGCAGGAGAGGCUCCAGGCUAUAGCAGAGAAGAGAAAGAAACAAACAGAGAUAGAAAACAAAAAAAGGCAACUGGAGGAUGAUCGCAGACAGCUGCAGCACCUCAAGUCAAAGGCAUUGAGGGAGCGAUGGCUGCUAGACGGAGCGCCUUCUGCUGGCUCUGAGGAAGAUGAAGCAAAGAAACAGCUUCAAGAAGAUGAGGCCAAAACUAAAGGACUCGAGGAAGCUAUUUUGAGACUGGAGCAGGAGCUAGAGGAGUUGGAGACAGGUGUGUCUGCAACAUCCACCAAAGAAAACCUGGCAGAUGCAGAUCAGCAAGAGGAAACCAAGACUGUAGAAAAUAUAGUGGUCACAGGAGACUCUGUCGUUAAAGUGGUGCACGAGGUGCGUGGGAUAGAUGGCCCACUGACAAACGGCGUGCACCAGCUCAGCUCAUCUGAAGUGGAGGAGCUCAUCCACAAGGCUGACGAGGUCUCCAUGAGCGAUGGGGACAAAGCCACACCCCAGCAUGUGGUGAAACUAGGUGAGCAACUUGAGGCAGGGGCAGAGCCCGGUGGGGUUACUCCGGUCAAAGAGAUCACUGGCAUCGAAGCCAAACAGUCGCCAGCCGUCUCUCAGGCUGAGAUGCAUGAUGCCAGUGCGGAGAAGCCGGUCACAAUGGUGUUCAUGGGCUACCAGGACGUGGAGGACGAGGAUGAGACGAAGAAAGUACUGGGGCUGGAAAGCACCACAGUCAAAGCUGAGCUGGUAGUCAUUGAGGAUGGAGAAAACAAGAAGGAAGCCAAGGAGGAUCAGGCACCACCCAAUGGAGGUCCAGCUGAGCCAGAAAAUCCGCAGGAGGAAAAAGGCGAAGAGGCUGAACCUGUGGCUGGAGAUGCUGAAAUGAAAAAGAAAGAAAAGCAGCCUUGCAAAUGCUGUUCCAUCAUGUGAAAAACUCCCUCACAGGGGAACUUGGAACUUUUAUUUCUCAGAUUGGUGCAUCGUGUCACCUUACAGACAAAAUAAUACCAACAAAAAAGAGAGGAGAGAAAACAUCUUGUAUCUUUUGAUAGAAAGCUCUUGUUUUCUUACUUUAUUUGUACCAGUUUUAUAUUUUACUUUAUUUUUCCCAUUUUACUGUUGUCCCUGUCAUAUUUUUAGCCUCCUCUGGUUAUGAUUUAGUUGAAGCUGUGACAAAAGCUGUUACACGAGAGAAGCUUGAUACCUUCAACAAAGAGGUUUGCAGAUGAAGCUUCAUUAUCUUUGCUAUGAGUUACCAAGUAUUGAUCAACAAAACCUUUUUUUCUUCAUUUUUCAUCUUUGCAAAAGAAGGACUCAGAUAUCUCUGUAACUAUAUGAUAUACAGUAUACAAAUCAUUUAUUUUUAAUAUAUAUUUAUUUUAUGUUUCUUUAUCAAGCUCCCUAACAAUUGUUUUUGCAAAAGUAUUGUGUGUGAAGUGUUCACUGGUCCUGUUAUUGCAUUUUCUCUUCCUUCAAGAAUGGAAUGUGGUCGGCGAUGGGGAGAGAUACUGCCGGGGUAGUGUGGAGGCUGAUCGUUUUAAAAUUGUGCAUAAUUCUGCAACUGAUGAAGCUGUGACCGGUUUCCUCUUACUAUAGAAUAAGGACUGAAAGUACAGUGACUCUUGACGUAGUAAGUGUAAUGGGAUUUCAGUAGUAGAGAUGCUUUGUGAUUUCAAACGUGUGUGAUGGGCUUGUGUGUGGGUCUGUCUGUUUUUCUUUUUUUUUUUUUUUUUCAAACUAUGUGUCAGUUCUGUUUUGUGUCAGGCAUCUCCAUAAAACAAAUCACACUUCCGUGGCACUGCGGAACCUCACGUUUAUUAGUACAAGAUGGUUUAUUGCGUCCCGCAACUGCAUUCACCAGCCACAUGCACAUGCACCUCCCCCUUGCCUCCUACAGGGUCAUAUCUCAGUAAGCUAAAUUCCUCACGGGCCUACUUAUCUCCAGUUACAAUACAUUUUUCCCAUAUGUAACAUACUUUCUCAGUCAGCUUCCACUGCACCAGUCAAAUCAACUUGCCUGUUUUGGGUUGGAUGGGACAGAAGAGGAUUGAGGCCACCACAAUCAAUAAAUAAACAAGUGAACUCAAUAAACGAACAAACAAACAGAUAAAUACAUUUAAAAAAUACAGUCUUUUAUUUUUUUUUUUACUUUUUUUCUCAUAAUUUUGAAUAAAAUCUCAGAAUUCUGACUUUUUCCAGAAUUUUUUCCCCCUUAGAAUUCUUUACAUUUUCUAACAUUUUUCUCAGAAUUCUGGCAUUUUUCUUGGAAUUCUGAAAAUUUUCUGGGAAUUCUGUUUUUUUUUUCCCCAGAAUUUUUAUCUUAGAGUUCAGACGUUGUCAUCACAGAAUUGGCAUAAAUCUCAGAAAUCAUACUUAUUUUUCAGAAUCCCGAUAUUUAUUUCUGACUACUGAUUUUUCCCCCCCUAAAAAAGGUCAGAAUUGUUGUUGGACUUGUUGCGCUGCUCCCAUUGAGGGGUCCCCAGAGCGAACCAUCUGAUCAGCACGCAACACUCCCAUUUAAAGUCAGAAUUCUAACUUUUUUUUUUAAUGGCCCCUAUCCUCUUCAGUAGGAUGGAUAAUAAAGGCACUGCCUUUUUUUGUUGUUGGAUCAAAUACUUCAACCAAAUCAAAAGUUGCCUGUGUGGAAUCCUGAAAAUGCUAGUAUACACUGCCUUUACCCUUCUCUCAGGCAGAGCCGUCCACUUCCUCAAAAUAAACAACUAAUUUGCUGGAGCUGAACCUAUGCAAGAACACUCAUGGAUGCAAUUCAGCAUCAGGAUGUUCCACAGUGAUUUUAAAGGAAAAAAGGGGUGGCGUUGGUAUCCAUGCGUUCAAUCACUCCACUCAGAUCACAGAGGCUGCACUGGGGCUGAAUAGCAUAUCUCUAUAUCAUGUUUUAGAGAAGCUCAUUCUGUCCACUUUCUAAACAAGAAAUUGGUAUUUUCCUUAGCGUGGUGCCAUGGCUCUUUAAGUAGGCUAGCGAUUUAUGUCAAAUUCUUUAUAACAACGGUGUGCAAGAAAGCAUUCGUUCAAUGGAAAAUGAUUAAAGAUUCUUGUGGUGCUAAUCGAUAUAAAAACUGUCCUGCAGCAACAUUACGUGUAUUAUUUGUAUGAACUGUAAGGCGAGCCCCCAUAACAUUAGAUACGAGUUGCGUUGGUAUUGCAGUGCAUCAGCUUUCACACAAAAACACCGUAUUUUGUAAUUUUAUGUGUUAACAAAUCAGUUUUAUUGCUAAUAUUUUGCAUAAUUUUAUUCAUUUAUUAUCUGUAACAUAAUAGAGAAUUACAUUAUCAGAUUACGUAAGGUAUAUGUAGAAGUAUGAAGAUGCGUUGUGCUUUUUCAGUGCCACUACCACAAUAGUUGGGAGGUUGGCUUGGUAGUGUGCGAGAGCAUUUGUGUGUGUGUGUGUGUGUGUAUCUGUACAUUCUCCUUUUAAUAUUAUAGCAUUGCCAUUACUUGUCUUCUACUGGGAAGCUUUUCAUUGGGUGCUCAUUAACAAAGGGUCAUGGGGUUUUGUAUACAUUGGUGUAGUAAACAUGGGACCCGAAUGUGUCAUUUUUUUGCUUUUCCAGUUAAAAUGAUGUUUCAUAACCAUAUUCACGGUAUGUCCUGUAGGAUUAGUUAGUUGAUGUCUCAGAAUCCGGAUUAUCCUUGUGUGUUAAUACACAAUCAUAAAACAAUAUCCUUCACAGACAUGACUGAGUGCUGAUCUGGAUCGAAUCCCGAAACUUAACCCUAACUUACAGUCUUAACACUUAUUGUGGACUUUCUCCCUCCUCACCCUGCUUCAUACCCAGCACUCUCAGCUCAAUCUCUUACCUCAGACUUGCUCAGCAGCGCACCCUACUGUCUGUCAGUACUAACAUUCCAGUUCAGACAUUUUCCACGGCCCAGAAUGCCUUGCUGCCUGGCCCUUUGCUGGGGCGUUUUCUCUUUGUACACAUGCAUGCUUUUUAUAGAUAUAAUGGUCAUUAUAACUUCAUAUCCAUAUCCAUCAGUCGGUAACGUCUCCCUCUCCCUGUAGUCGUAGCCUUGCCCUGUAUCAUUCAUAACGUCUGUGAGAUUAAUGUAGUGAUCAUAGUGUCUAGGAGCAUGAGGAGUGAAUGCGUGAUAGCGUAGAUGAGGUCACUUCCUGUGUUGGAGCAAAAAUCUCAUCUACUUAAAAAUGCUCCAUUUUCCUCCUUGAAGUACAGACCCAUCUGAGUUUUUUCUUUUGUUUUGUUUUCUUUCUUUUUUUUUUCUUUUACCCGGGAAGGGAAUAGGUGUGUGUGCUCCCACUGCCACGGCUCUGUACGCUUUUUCAGCUGUGAAGGUCUGCUUUCUUACCGACUUGAAAGUGCUGUAGAACGAAUUUUAAACGAGAUAUUAAAAUGUGACGUGCUUUAAGGA